AAAGUCCAUGGGCGCCGGAGCGCGGGGACGCCGGAGCACUUCCUGCCGCGGGCGGCGCGCCGCAGCUGCCAGGCCGGACCGGGCCGGGCGCCCGCAGAUGUGCCCCGCUCGGGCCACCCCGCGCUGAGAGUCUGAGGCCCACCGCCAGCCAGCGCCCGCCAUGUCUCAGAUGCUGCACAUCGAGAUCCCCAACUUCGGGAACACCGUGCUCGGCUGCCUCAACGAGCAGCGCCUGCUGGGCCUCUACUGCGAUGUGUCCAUCGUGGUCAAGGGCCAGGCCUUCAAGGCCCACCGGGCCGUCCUGGCCGCCAGCAGCCUCUACUUCCGCGACCUGUUCAGCGGCAACAGCAAGAGCGCGUUUGAGCUGCCGGGCUCGGUGCCGCCCGCCUGCUUCCAGCAGAUCCUGUCCUUCUGCUACACGGGCCGGCUCACCAUGACGGCCAGCGAGCAGCUCGUGGUCAUGUACACGGCCGGCUUCCUGCAGAUCCAGCACAUCAUCGAGCGCGGCACAGACCUCAUGUUCAAGGUGAGCUCGCCCCACUGCGACUCGCAGACGGCCGUGAUCGAGGACGCCAGCUCUGAGCCCCAGAGCCCCUGCAACCAGCUGCAGCCUGCCGCCACCGCCCCCUACGCCGCGUCCCCCUCGGUGCCCAUCCCGCUGCUGGCCCGUGUGAAGCAUGAAGCCGUGGAGCUGCCGCCGGCCGCCGGCCCAGGCCUGGCCUCCAAGCGCCCGCUGGAGACGGGGCCCCGGGACAGCGUGGCGGGGGCUGCGGUGGUGGCGGGUGCGGCCCCUCUCAAACUGCCCCGCGUCUCCUACUAUGGGGUGCCCGGCCUGGCCACCCUUGUCCCUGGCAUCCAGCAGGUGCCCUACCCCCAGGGGGAGCGCGCCAGCCCGGGGGCCAGCAGCCUGCCCACCACCGACAGCCCCACCUCGUACCACAACGAGGAGGACGAGGAGGACGACGAGGCCUACGACACCAUGGUGGAGGAGCAGUACGGCCAGGUGUACAUCAAGGCCUCGGGCAGCUACGCAGUGCAAGAGAAGCCAGAGCCGGUGCCGCUGGAGAGCCGCUCCUGCGUCCUCAUCCGCCGCGACUUGGUGGCCCUGCCCGCCAGCCUCAUCAGCCAGAUCGGAUACCGCUGCCACCCCAAGCUCUACUCCGAGGGGGACCCUGGUGAGAAGCUGGAGCUGGUGGCAGGCUCCGGAGUGUACAUCACGCGCGGCCAGCUGAUGAACUGCCACCUCUGCGCGGGCGUGAAGCACAAGGUGCUGCUGCGCAGGCUCCUGGCCACCUUCUUCGACAGGAACACGCUGGCCAACAGCUGCGGCACCGGCAUCCGAUCGUCCACCAGCGACCCGAGCCGCAAGCCGCUGGACAGCCGCGUCCUGAACGCUGUGAAACUGUACUGUCAGAACUUCGCCCCCAGCUUCAAGGAGAGCGAGAUGAACGUGAUCGCCGCGGACAUGUGCACCAACGCCCGCCGGGUCCGCAAGCGCUGGCUGCCCAAGAUCAAGUCCAUGCUGCCGGAGGGCGUGGAGAUGUACCGCACGGUCAUGGGCGCCUCGGCCGCCGGCGUGCCCCUCGACCCCGAGUUCCCGCCGGCCGCCGCCCAGGUGUUCGAGCAGCGCAUCUACGCCGAGCGGCGGAGCGACACGGCCACCAUUGUGGCACUGAGAACUGACGCCGUGAAUGUCGACCUGAGUGCCGCCAACCCUGCCUUCGAGGCCGGCGAGGAGGCGGACGGGGCCGGCUCGGUCAUCCAGGAGGUAGCCGCCCCUGAGCCGCUGCCCGCCGACGGCCAGAGCCCCCCACAGCCCUUCGAGCAGGGCAGCGCCAGCUCCAGCAGGCCCCAGACGCCGGCCGCCACGGCCAGAAGGCCAGAGGGCGCCUACGCGGGGACUCUGUAGGGGGAGCCGGCCGCGCCAGGGACCGAGUACUAGAGCUGCUUGCAUGCGUUACUAAUACAAACCAAUGUGAUCAAGCCACUUACCUACUGAACUGCUACUGUUGCCUGAGAAAAAUGUGAUUUUUAUUCUGCUUGUAUUUAAAAUUGAUGAAGGAAACAAAUGCAUUCAUUA